UCCGAGAAGAAGGCUAGGUUCAGAUAACCAGCCCAUCCAAUUCGACACUUUCACCUUUUUCCUAUCUUCUUUCAUCGUAUGUACCUCGUGAACUGAGCCCGAGCCUGACCAAACAAGAAAAAAAAACUGAGCCCGAGCCCGAGUUCGGACCCUUUCAAUACCGCUGCCCGUGUCCCCGCCGGUGACACACCGCUUCCAUCAUGGCUUUCGUGGAGUUCCGGCCGCUGGACAAGAAGUCCCUGGUAGAGUACAUCCAGCACACGCCCGCCCUCGCCUCGAAGCUGGGGGAGAAGUUCGAUGACCUGGACAUCAGAGAAGUCGGAGACGGCAAUCUCAACUUCGUCUACAUCGUCGCGGGCUCUGCGGGCUCUUUCGUCAUCAAGCAGGCUCUCCCUUACGUUCGGUUGAUUGGGGAAUCAUGGCCAAUGACGAAAGAGCGAGCGUACUUCGAGGCGGCGGCAUUGAAAGAGCACGGGCAUUGGUGCCCGGAUCAUGUCCCGGAGGUUUAUCACUUCGACCGUACUAUGUCUCUGACAGGCAUGCGUUACUUAGAGCCUCCACAUAUAAUCCUGAGGAAAGGAUUGAUCGCUGGAAUUGAGUACCCAUUACUCGCGGAGCACAUGUCAGAAUAUAUGGCGAGAACCCUCUUCUGCACGUCUCUUCUGUAUCAUUCCACCACGGAGCACAAACGUGGAGUAGCAGAGUUCUGCGGGAACAUCGAGAUGUGCAGGCUGACCGAGCAGGUUGUUUUCUCUGACCCUUACAAAGUAUCCCAACACAACCGUUGGACUUCCCCUUAUCUGGAUGCUGAUGCUGAGGCUGCAAGGGAGGAUAAUGAUUUAAAGCUUGAAAUAGCUGAGUUGAAAUCCAAGUUCUGUGAAAGAGCGCAAGCACUGGUACAUGGAGAUCUCCACACUAGUUCGGUCAUGGUUACCCAAGAUUCGACCCAAGUAAUAGAUUCAGAAUUCGCAUUUUAUGGGCCAAUGGGGUUUGAUGUUGGCGCCUUCCUAGGAAAUUUGUUUUUGUCAUUCUUCUCUCAGGAUGGGCAUGCAAAUCAAGGGAACGACAGAAAAGCAUACAAGGAAUGGAUUUUGCAGACGAUUGAAGAGACGUGGAAUCUAUUCCGACAGAAGUUUGUAAGCCUCUGGAAUGAACACAAGAAUGGGUCUGGUGAGGCAUAUCUACCAGCAAUCUAUAACAAUCACGUGCUGCUCGAGCUGGUCCAGAGGAAAUUUAUGAAGGAUUUAUUCCAUGAUACUCUUGGAUUUGGUGCUGCCAAAAUGAUAAGGAGAAUUGUUGGGGUUGCACAUGUGGAGGAUUUUGAGUCCAUAACUGAUGCUAGUAAGCGUGCAGACUGCGAGCGCCAAGCUCUCAAUUUUGCCCGGAUGCUUCUGAAGGAAAGGCGGAAAUUCGAAGGAAUCAGUGAAGUAGUCUCAUUAGUUCAGAAAUCGAACUGAGCCUUGGGCUUAAUGUAUUGAGGUUUCUUGUGGGUUCCCCCUCCUUUACUGUCGUGUCCUUAUGCAUUUCGAAGCUACAAAGGCUCUUAAGUUCCAGUAUAGCGUACAAUGAACUGCCUGAUUGUCUUUGAUGGUUAGUUCCACUGACAAGUCCUCGCUCCAAUGAAUCUACUUGAACCGUCAGAUCCAUGGAUGAUGACUAUGCCGAGGCCUUUCUCGACUUUGCUUGAUGCAGAGCUGGUUAUGGAGCUACCAUAUGCAGAUGGCAAUUCUUGUUUUUUUUUUACUUUCUUUUUGGUUGUUGAUCAGGCGUCCUCACUGUAUGAACUGUUGGGUGUGAUCACUGUGGUCAUUCUGCUAAUAAUCUGCCUGAAUCGAGAGGUAAAUAAGUUGGGUGUACGAUGACUUUCCAGAUGUCCUAAGGAACAGUAAGUUCCUCAGCAUUCGCUUGUUAUAGAACAAUUCUAUCCUAAUGAA